GGCUGCAGGUGCGGGGGGCGGGCGGGACCCCGCGACCCGGGCGGCCCCUGGCCCGGCACACCCGGAGGAGGCGCCGCGCGCCGGGCCGGAGCCCUGGGCCCACGCGGCCGCGUCGCUGUCCCGGGCCCGGCCGGCAGUCAUGAGUUCCGUGAGAAGGAAAGGCAAGCCCGGCAAGGGCGGGCCCAAGGGGUCUUCCCGAGGCGGGAAAGGAGGCCGGGGCCAGGCCGGCAGGUCCCGCGGCAGCGGCGGCGGCGGCGGCGGCGGCAGCAGGAAGGCCUCCAGCAGGACGUGGGACGACGGUGACGACUUCUGCAUCUUCAGUGACGCCCGGCGCCCCUCCUCCUCAAGGCCCCGCAGCAGCAGCGGAGGCGGCAGCGGGCAGAGGGCGGAGGCGCGGCCCCGGUGGCGCUCGGAAGCCAAAGUGCCUCUGCAGAGGCUGCACAUGACCUCGGAGAACCAGGAGAAGGUGAAGGCGCUGCUCCGAGACCUGCAGGAACAGGAAGCCGACGCGGGCUCCGAGAGAGAUGAGUCGGGGGAGGAGGAAGACAACGACGACGAGCCGGACGGUGACGAGGAGCAGUACUGGGCGGCCGGCCGAGAGGCGUCCCUGGUCCCCGACUACGACCCUUCCGAAUACGCCGGCUCGGGGGCUGCGGAGCCCCCCGCGUGCCCCGUCUCCACCAUCGCCGUGCAGAAACUGUCCAGGUACGGCUUCCACACUGACCGCUGCCUGCUGGCCCUGGGGGCCUGUGACGGAGACGUGGGCGCGGCGCUGGAGCUGCUGCUUGCCCAGUGCUUCGCCGAGGCCUUCGGGGACAGGACGGCCCCGCCCGCGGCGGCCGCCCGCGCCAGCCUGGACGAGUGUGUGGAGCAGCGGCGGGAGGAGGCCUUGGCCCUCAGGUCCAUCUGCGGGGACAGGUUCACCGAGAGGAUCCAGAACCGAGUUUGGACCGUGGGGCUGGACCUGGAGUACCUGACCAGCAGGUUCUGCAAGGCCACGCCGGGGGCCGGCACCGGGCCCGCGCGGGGGCCUCCCCAGGGGGGGAAGGAUGGUGCUGGGCCCGCGUGGGGGCCGCCCCAGGAGGUCUGCAGGUUUUACCUCAAAGGCAGCUGUAAAUUCGGACCCAAGUGCAAGUUCCGGCACGAGGCGCCCCCGGGUCAGCUAGUGGGCCGGGCAGACAGGCCCGCUGACCGUGCUCCCCUCCCUGCCCCGCGAGACGCGUCUUUUUUGUACGAACUGGAAGUCCGGUUCCCUCGGGACCACCGCUACCCCCACCAGGCGCCCCUCGUGGCGUUCUACUCCACCAACGAGAACCUACCUCUGGCUUGUCGCUUGCACAUCUCCGAGCUCCUCUACGGCAAGGCCCUGGCGCUGGCGGAGAGCGCGGAGCCCGCCGUGUACUCGCUGCUCACCCUCCUGGAGGAGGAAGCCGCCGUGGCCCCCCUGCUGACCGCCGGGCCCCACAAGCACAGCGGGGCCCCGGCCGGCGCCCUGCCACGCCCUCUGGGGCCCGCCUGCCGCAGAGGCGCCGUGUCCAGCCGCUCCCCGGUGUCCAGGCAGAUCCCGGAAGCUGAAGAGGAGUCGGAGCUGGAGGAGGAGGAAGAGGAGGAGCAGGAGGACGAAGAGGAGGAGGAGGAGGAGGAGGAGGAGGAGAAAGGGCAGGAGGGGCCCGCCCCCGCGCUGGUGGAGAGUGAGAGCUACGUGAACCUGAAGAAGGUGUCCAGGCGGCACGACUGGUCGGCGCGAUCAGCCCACGCCGAAAACGCGAGGCUCUGCAAGCAGUUCCGGGCCAAGCAGAAUUCCAGGCAGUUCCAGGCGAUUCUGCAAGAACGACAGUCCCUCCCUGCGUGGGGAGAGAGAGAGACCAUCCUCAGACUGCUGGCCAGGCACCAGGUGCUGGUGGUCAGCGGGAUGACCGGGUGCGGGAAGACCACGCAGAUCCCGCAGUUCAUCCUGGACGCCUCUCUGAGCGGGCCGCCCGAGAAGGUGGCCAACAUCAUCUGCACCCAGCCCCGGCGGAUCUCGGCCAUCGCGGUGGCCGAGCGCGUGGCCAAGGAGCGGGCCGAGAGAGUGGGGCUCACCGUGGGCUACCAGAUCCGGCUGGAGAGCGUGCAGUCCCCGGCCACGCGGCUGCUGUACUGCACCACGGGUGUGCUGCUCCGCCGGCUGGAGGGCGACGCGGGCCUGCGCGGGGUCACCCACGUCAUCAUCGACGAGGUCCACGAGCGCACCGAGGAGAGUGACUUCCUGCUGCUGGUCCUGAAGGACAUCGUGCUGCAGCGGCCGGGGCUGCAGGUGAUCCUGAUGAGCGCCACCCUCAACGCCGAGCUCUUCUCGGAGUACUUCAGCUCCUGCCCGGUGGUCACCAUCCCCGGCCGCACGUUUCCCGUGGAUCAGUUCUUUCUGGAGGAUGCCAUCGCCGUGACAAGGUACGUGCUGCAGGACGGGAGCCCCUACGCGCGCUCCGGGAAGCAGCAGGCCAAGGAGCGGCUGCGAGCGCGGCGCCAGCGCACGGCCCUGGAGGAGGUGGAGGAGGACCUGAGGCUGUCCCUGCAGCUCCACGACCAGGACGCCGCCCGAGACGCUGUGCCCGACCAGCAGCUGGACUUCAAGCAGCUGCUGGCUCGCUACAAAGGGGUCAGCAAGUCGGUCAUCAAAACCAUGUCCGUCCUGGACUUCGAGAAGGUCAACCUGGAGCUGAUCGAGGCCCUGCUGGAGUGGAUCGUGAGCGGGAAGCACUCGUACCCCCCGGGCGCUAUUCUCGUCUUCUUGCCGGGCCUGGCCGAGAUCAAGAUGCUGUACGAGCAGCUGCAGGCGAACUCGCUCUUCAACAACCGGCGGAGUGAUCGCUGCGUGGUCCACCCCCUGCACUCGUCCCUGUCGAGCGAGGAGCAGCAGGCCGUGUUCGUCAGGCCCCCGGCGGGCGUCACCAAGAUCAUCAUCUCCACCAACAUCGCCGAGACGUCCGUCACCAUCGACGACGUGGUGUACGUCAUCGACUCGGGGAAGAUGAAGGAGAAGAGGUACGACGCCAGCAAGGGGAUGGAGAGCCUGGAGGACACGUUCGUGUCGCAGGCCAACGCGCUGCAGCGCCGGGGCCGGGCCGGCCGCGUGGCCUCGGGCGUCUGCUUCCACCUGUUCACCAGCCACCACUUCCGGCACCAGCUGCUCCGGCAGCAGCUCCCCGAGAUCCAGCGGGUGCCGCUCGAGCAGCUCUGCCUCAGGAUCAAGAUCCUGGAGAUGUUCAAGGCGCACGACCUGCAGUCCGUCUUCUCCCGCCUCAUCGAGCCGCCGCACCCGGACUCCCUCCGCGCCUCCAAGAUCCGCCUGCGCGACCUGGGCGCCCUGACCCCGGAGGAGGAGCUGACGCCCCUGGGCUACCACCUGGCCUCGCUGCCCGUGGACGUGCGCAUCGGGAAGCUCAUGCUCUUCGGCUCCAUCUUCCGCUGCCUGGACCCCGCGCUCACCAUCGCCGCCAGCCUGGCCUUCAAGUCCCCUUUCGUGUCUCCCUGGGAUAAGAAGGAGGAGGCCAACCAGAGGAAGCUCGAGUUCGCCGUGGCCAACAGCGACUACCUGGCACUGCUGCGGGCGUACCAGGGCUGGCAGCUGAGCUGGAGAGAGGGCGCCCGGGCGAGCUCCAGCUACUGCCGGCAGAACUUCCUGUCGGGGCGGAUCCUCCAGGAGAUGGCCAGCCUCAAGCGGCAGUUCACCGAGCUGCUGUCGGACAUCGGCUUUGUGAAGGAGGGUCUGCGGGCGCGGGACAUCGAGAAGAGGGCGCAGGGCGGGGACGGCGUGGUGGAGGCCACCGGGGACGAGGCGAACUCGAACGCCGAGAACCCCAAGCUGAUAUCGGCCAUGCUGUGUGCUGCCCUCUAUCCCAACGUCGUGCAGGUGAAAAGCCCGGACGGCAAGUUCCAGAAGACCAGCACGGGAGCCGUGAGGAUGCAGCCCAAGUCCGAGGAGUUGAAGUUCGUCACCAAGAACGACGGCUACGUGCACAUCCACCCGUCCUCCGUCAACUACCAGGUCCGGCACUUCGACAGCCCCUACCUGGUGUACCACGAGAAGGUGAAGACGAGCCGCGUGUUCGUGCGGGACUGCUGCAUGGUGUCCGUGUACCCGCUGGUGCUCUUCGGGGGCGGCCAGGUCAGCGUGCAGCUGCACAGGGGCGAGUUCGUGGUCUCCCUGGACGACGGCUGGAUCCGCUUCGCCGCAGCCUCCCGGCAGGUGGCCGAGCUGGUCCGGGAACUGCGCGGCGAGCUGGACCAGCUGCUGCAGGACAAGAUCCGGAGGCCCAGCAUGGACCUGUGCGCCUGCCCCCGAGGCUCCCGCAUCAUCAGCACCAUCGUGAAGCUCGUCACCACGCAGUGAGGCGGGCGCCAGCUCCCGGCACUCUGCCCCGAGCCGCAGACAGGGCCGGGAGGGCGAGGAGAGCGGGGUCUGUCACGAGCCCCGACCAGGAGAAGCCCGCAGGCAGGGCAGAGGACAGGAACCAGGUCCAGGAGCCAGGAAAGGGCCGGAGCCCUAGGCCAGCAGGGAGGGCUCUGGCCUUGCCCACCAGCCAUCCCGCAGGGCCCCCCGCGCCCCCCAGAGCAACCCCGGAACAGGCCGGUCUGUCCUAACAACAAAACAGAAAAAUUAACAUCCUGUGCUGGGCUUUGGUGACCGAGUAAACUUGAUGUCCACUUAAGACCAGCCUGAAACUGUGGACGUGGUGCAGGCCGACAGGGGGGGUGCGGCGUGGACACCCCCACACGCGUGGCUCUCAUUGGGCCUAACCUAAACGGGGUCGGAGCUCAAAGGGCCGAGCCCGGGCUUAACGUGCAGGGCCCAGGGCCCGCUUCCAGGUCCCCAGCACUGCCAGGAGUGACCCUGCAGUCGGGGCGUUUAUCGAGACCUCAGUCCACAGUGCCUGGCCUUAGAGCAGGUCACCGACACCUCCCUCCCGUCAGGCUCCAUUUGGGAUCUGCGCCACCCCGACACGUCUCCCAGCCCCCUGGAGCUGGACCGUGUCCCGGGCGAGACUGGCGAGUUGAGACGGAUGGAGGGACGCUGGCCGCUCCUGACCGCUGCCCCCCUGCUCUGGCGUGGGGCACUUCCCUCUGGUGUGUGUCUGUGCUGGGGCCGAAUUCCACAUCAGUCCCGGCGGGCUUCAGGGGGCACCAGAGGAUGCAGGACACACACACCCACCGGCCCGCUGGCCGCAGGGGGAACCUUUGGUGCUUGUCCUUGAAGGGUCAGGCUGAGCACCUGAGGCUGGUCGCAGUCAUCCCUUGGAUGAAUUCCGCAGGCACAGCCUCGCCCCGCCAGGCCAGGCUCCCCGCUGGGGUGUAAGACGCAGCUCGCAGACCUGGUGUGGCGGGACGCUUCAGACACCGAGCCGAAGCCUUGAGAAGGUGACUGUACUCCCUGUACAGCUGGUGCGGGCGCGGGCCCGGGCGCUCACAUGCUCGUGCUUUGCCUCGGAGCUGCCUCUGGGCCCCUGGUGCCGCCCUCAGGUUCUGCAGCAGAGCAGGGGCGCCCCCCCCCCCAGAGCCACUGAGGGUGGCCACACACAGAUGCCAGCUAGUGCCGUGCCAGGACCUGGAAGGGCGGGAGCCUGACUGCAGAGCCCUGAGCUCACCCCUGGGGCCACACCAUCGUGCUGGACAGGUGGGGAGCCGCGCAGUGCCCAGUGCCCGGCCUGGUGACCCUUCCCGCCCCGUGAACGUGCCAAGCUUUAAAGUGUUCAAGUUCACAAAUCACCUUUCAGCCAGAUGCCCAAAGGCCUGAGCACUGGCCGCGCAGGUGGGAGCUGGGGUUCAGCCCGGCCCCCCGGAAAGGAACCAGAACACUAGGGAUCCAUUGCGAGUCAGCGGUACGGGUGUUUAGGCGCGGUCAGGAGGGAGGAUGUCUGAGGCACCAGCUCACAGCAUGACUGUUCUGGCAAGUUCCGUCCAUGACGGCUGUACGGGGCUCCCCGGGAAAGUGUCAAUAAAGGACUUUCCAGAA